GACAUAACCUCACAAAAACUUCCAUUGACACUGCUGUUGUUUACCAACAAACCGCAAAAUAAUAAAAUUUUCCCCGGAAAAUGUCAGAAGAGAGUAAAGAAGCUCAAUCAAGUGAAUUAAAUAGCUCCGAAUUGGGUACAAAGGAAUUCUGGGAUGGAAGGUAUGAGCUUGAGAUGCGAAACUACAAAUCUCACGGUGAUGUGGGUGAAAUUUGGUUUGAUGAAAGCAGUCAGGCACGUGUUAUCAAGUGGAUAAUGCAAAAUAGUGAGAUUUCCCACGAAAGCAGAAUCCUGGACAUUGGUUGUGGAAAUGGGAUGUUUCUCGUUGAACUUGCCCAGGAGGGCUACAAAAGUCUCUUUGGAGUCGAUUAUUCCCAACAAGCUAUCGAUUUGGCAACUUCCAUUGCACAAGAUGAAGAAAUUGAGCAUAUAGAAUACAAAGCUGUUGACAUCCUAUCGCCGGACGAAGUGAAAGAGCUGGGAAAAUUUAAAAUAACGCACGAUAAGGGAACUUACGAUGCAAUCUCCUUGUGUCCCGAUGAUCCAACCACAAAGCGCGCAAAGUACCUCGAAAAUGUCCACAGUCUCACUGAAGACAAAGGAAUCUUCAUCAUUACCUCCUGCAAUUGGACUGAAGAUGAACUGAAGAGUUUCUUCGGGGCAAAAUUCCGGCUAAAGCAAAUCCUUCCAACGCCGACUUUUAAGUUUGGUGGGAAAAUUGGAAAUGUUGUCAGCACAGUUGCUUUUGAGAAAUUAUCCUGAAACUGGACAUGAAUAAAAAAUAUUUACUAUUCAACA